AUGGGAGAAGGUGGUGGUGGGGGUGGAGGAGGAGGAGGAGGUGGUGGUGGAAAUGGAGGUGAAGGGUAUGGAAGUGGUUUUGGCGCAGGUGUUGGUGGUGGUGUGAGUGGUAUGGGAGGAGGAGGUGGUGGUGGUGGUGGAAGUGGAGGUGGAGAUGGCAGUGAAGGGGAAGGUCAUGGGUAUGGUAGUGGUUACGGUGGAGGCAGAGAAGGAGAUUAUAACAAAGGUUCAAGCAACGAUCAUGGUGUUAACAAUGGCUUUGGAAUUGGAUUUGGAAUGGGUAUGGGGUUUGGUUUCGGUAUGGGAACAAGUGGAGCAAAGUUCACAACCCAACAACGUAACGUCAACCAUCCCUAG